AUGGGCAGCCCGGGUGUUGAGGCUUCGACGUCCACAGCUGUCCCCUCUCCCGAGAACCUCCGCCGUCGGUCCAUCCAGCUCAACGAACCGGUGCGCCGCCCGUCCCUCGGCGGUCCGUUCAUUCCAGACACGCCAAUUGAGAAGCGUCGCCAGCGCCGCAGUUCCACGCUGUCGACUUACAGCUUUAGCGAGGCGACUCGGGACUUUCAGGAAGAGAUCAUCGAUCCUGGACCAGGUUCCCAGUGGGAGAUAAUGACUUGGAGGUCACAAUUGCCCCUGCUCUUCGUCCUGGUUCCUACGGUCGCCGGCCUCGUCUUCAAGAACGGCAAUUCCUUCUUCACCGACGUGAUCCUCAUCUUUAUCGCCAUGAUAAUUCUCCAUUGGUCUGUUAGCGCACCAUGGAAAUGGUAUCACGCCGCGCAGCAGGUCUGUGAGGACCAAGAAGUCGUCUUGAGGGAGGCCCUUGAGCUGGAGGACGCUGAGGUGGCUGAACCCGCCGCCAAAGAGCCAGAAGGUGACUCGGACUCAAUCAGCAGCACACCCAUGUCACCAGCAGACAAGCAGGAGCAAGCACGCCAGGCCAAGGCCGCCCUCACCCAGCUUCAGAACCUCGAAGUGGCCGCCCUCAUCGUCUGUUUUGUGGCCCCCGCCGCGGCGACCUACCUCCUCUCCAUGGUCCGCAGCCAGCUCAGUCGGCCGCCCCAGAGCCUCGUUUCUAACUUUAACCUGUCCAUCUUCCUCCUCACCGCCGAGAUGAUUCCCCUCAAGCACUGCAUCAAGCUCGUCCUGGCUCAUACCCUGCACCUGCAGCGCAUCGUCAACUCGAACCCGUACCGCACCAUCCAAAUCACGCCGUCCAUUUACCGCGACAUGAUACAGCGGGUUGAGGCCCUCGAGGCUCGCGUGCUGAUGGAGCAGCCACCGUCGCCGUCAGACCCCAACCCGGACGAGGACGACGGCGACCAAGGAGGAGGAGGCGGGAGCGAGCGGCGCGGCAAGGUCAACGUCGAGCAGCUGCGCGACGACAUCACGCAUUCCGUGCGCGCGGCUAUCGCGCCCGAGAUUGACGCCGUCACGCGCGCCGUGCGGCGAUAUGAGAAGAAGUCGAGCGCGCUGACGGAGGACAUAGAGCAGCAAAUGCGGGAUAUCUGCCGGCGGCUGGACGACGCCAUCGCCUUGUCGGCGGUCGUGGCUAGGAGCAAUGCGGAAGGUCACGGGUGGGGGCUGCUGGGGAAGGUGAUUGCUGGCUUGAUCAGGAUGCCUUGGGUGGGGAUGGUGUAUCUGCUGGCCUGGGCCCUGAUGCCGGUUACUGCGUUGUUCAGGAGGACGGUUAGGCAACCGCUGCAUGGGCGGGGUAUCUAUGGGGGACAGAGUCAGGGACAGUCAGUGAGGGCGCAGGGACGCGCGUUGCAGAUGCCUUUUAAGCAUGCGCGGAUUGUUGAGCCGAGCGGGAUUUCGUCGCCGAGACUUGCUUCGAGGACUGCGUUGAGGGGGCCGUGA